AUGGCGUUUCUCGAUUACAGGGCAUUCGAUAUAUUCACAAUUCAACAGCUGCUUACAUUCAUUUUUAUCAGCGGUACUUUUUAUCUAACUAUCAGGUCGAUCUGGCGUCUCUACUUCCAUCCAUUAUCUAAAUAUCCAGGCCCGAAAAUUGCUGCAAUUUCCGACGUCUGGUAUGCAUACCACGCAUUAGCUGGACGAUGGCCCUGGGCCGUUGCAGAUGCCCUCGAAAAAUAUGGUGAUGUUGUACGGAUUGCACCGAACGAAAUAGCAUUUGUAACACCAAAGGCUCUGUCUGACAUCUAUGGUUCCCAUAACAAGAACCUAGAAAAAUUCCCUAAAACUCAGAUCAACAAUCAUGGAAAUGACGAGCAUGGUGGUCUGAUCUGGGAAUGGGAUCCGGCACGACACCGCGAGGUGGCCAAGCGAUUGUCUCCAGCUUUCAGCGGUCGGGCUCUCAGGGCUAAAGAGGCGACUUUGCACAAGUAUAUUGACCUCUUUGUUGAGCGUAUGACAGAGCUAGGCGGCGAAACUGGUGGUGUUAGUUUGCCUACGUGGAUCAACUGGCUCUGCGUUGAUAUUUCUGCUGAUAUGGCCUAUAAUCGGGAGAUGAAUGCCCUCAAAGACAUGAAAGAGCCACCCUAUUUAUCAAUCCUUUCUGGGUUUAAUAGAGCCGUCGUGGUUAUCCAGAUGUCAUGGCGGUUUCCCCUCCUCAGUCCUCUGAAAGGUCUAUUUCUGGCAAUCACCGCUUUGCGGUCGCAUUCUCAUAUUCGAAGUCAUAGCCGUUUUCAGCUCGAGCAGCGCAUCCGCCGCAAGGGCGCAGUUGACCACCUUGAUUUCUUUGAGCAACUUAUUCCCGAAGAUCGCGAACCUCCCAAUGAUCGAAAAGAGAUGCGGCACCUAGAGCAAGUCGCAGGACAGCUGUUGGUAGCCGGAUACGAGCCUCCAGCGCUAUGGUUCUAUUUUACGAUCUACUACCUUCUGAAAAACCCAGAUGCACUGGACACAUUAACCAAGGAGAUUAGGAGCGCAUUCAAAAAUUACGAUGAGAUCGUAUCAGGCUCGGCAGCGCAAUUGGCGUAUUUGACGGCGUGCUUGAACGAGUCACUGCGCAUCAUGCCUGGUGUGCUUACUGGAAUGCCCGUUGUUAGCCCAGGCGCCAUGGUCGAUGGAACAUUUAUCCCAAAAGGAGUGGUUUGCCAAUCUAGCAGUUUUGCUUUGGCACGGAGCGCACGUAACUUCCGGCACCCGUUGAGCUUCCGUCCUGAGAGGUGGCUGCAGGAGGAUCACCCAUUAUACGAUGCACAAUUUGCACAUGACAACCGCAAGGGCUUUCAACCGUUCAGCCAGGGACCUCGUAUUUGCGCGGGGAAGGAAAUUGCUUGGUGGCAGAGCAGGGUGUUCUUAGCCAAGGUCUUGUGGACAUUUGACCUCGAAAUGGUGUCAGGCCAACAGAUUGACAUGGACAGGGACUUGAGGGGGUGGGGAAUGUACCAGAAACCAGACAUCCGCGUGAGAUUCCGGCCAAAAGCCGCCAGCUGCAGCUAA